GAUAUUUUCAAAAUGGAAGAAAUGGCAAUUUUUUGGAGGGGAACGAGAGAUCGACGUGUUUGCACCUUUUGAGCACUCCGUGCACCGAGUCUCCAUGUACUCCGCCGAUCAGAGGACAUUAUUACAGACCUGCAUGCAGCUGCGACGACAAAAGCGGGCAGGAUGAGUGUUUCUAUCGGCGACAAGAUCGAGGAUUUUAAGGUCCUCACCCUCCUUGGGAAAGGUUCCUUUGCAUGUGUUUACCGGGCAAAAUCCGUGAGGACUGGUCUGGAGGUUGCCAUCAAAACGAUUGACAAAAAAGCAAUGCACAAAGCUGGUAUGGUCCAGCGUGUCACAAACGAGGUGGAGAUUCACUGCCGACUGAAACAUCCUUCAAUACUUGAGCUUUACAACUACUUUGAGGACAGCAACUAUGUGUAUUUGGUGUUGGAGAUGUGCCACAAUGGAGAGAUGAGUCGCUACCUUAAAGAGCGAAAGAUUCAGUUUUCUGAGGAUGAAGCAAGGCAUUUUAUGCACCAAAUAGUGAAAGGAAUGCUGUAUUUGCAUACCCACGGCAUCCUGCACAGAGAUUUGACUCUGUCCAAUCUGCUGCUGACCAGCAACAUGAACAUUAAGAUAGCAGAUUUUGGCCUUGCCACGCAGCUCAAGCUACCAAAUGAAAAGCACUUCACUAUGUGCGGUACGCCCAACUACAUCUCCCCAGAGGUUGCGACUCACAGCGCUCACGGCUUGGAAUCAGACGUCUGGUCACUGGGCUGCAUGUUCUACGCCUUUCUGAUGGGCCGCCCUCCUUUUGACACGGACACGGUGAAACACACGUUGUCUAAGGUGGUUCUCGGGGAGUAUCAGAUGCCCACCCAUGUCUCUCUGGAGGCUCAGGACUUGAUCCAUCAGUUGCUUCAGAAAGACCCCUGUUACCGACCCAGCCUCUCCGCGGUGCUGGACCACCCGUUCAUGAACCAGAGCCUGGUCAGGACCAAAGAGCUCGGGCACGGGGACGAUAGCUCCAUGGACAGCGGCAUUGCCACCAUCUCUACAGCCUGCACGUCCUCCACCUCAGCCAGCAGCGGCACACGUCUCCAGAGGCGAACCAAGCACAUGAUCGCCUCAGCUCUGCCUAAUCGAAUGACGCCCAUUCCAGUCCUUCAACGCCAACCCAACAGUUCCUACUUUGAGGAGGGAGACCAGUGGCAGCUGCAGCAUCAACUGGAAAGAGUUCACAGGGAGGGCAGGAGCAGGGCGGGUCACGGAGGAGACAGUAGACAGCCGCAGUCUCGCUUCCUGAGAAGGGCUCAUUCAUCAGAUCCUCAUCAGAGUUCCUCUCAAACCGAGCUGGGGAGAUGUCAUUCCGAGGAGAUGCUGACUGGCGUAGGAAGGCCAGUCUUCCCAACGUCCUCCUCUCAACAUCCAUUCUCAGACCACGGCAGGCUCCCCUCCCCUCCUGUCAAACAGUCUGCAAAUUCUGGAUAUUUAUCAACAGACAUGGCACAUCCACCAAACUUCCAAUAUCAGGAUGUGGAAGGAGUUUCUAAUUGGCUCAACAAUGAAGGUCCGGGACAGAGGCCCACAGACACCAGCACUCACAGUAGCAGCAGCAGCAGCUUCCACAGCAGCAGGGGACCGUUUGGGGUUCACAGUUCCUGGACGGACAAGCCGGUGGGCCGAGGUGUGAACCCUCACCACAACCAACACCACCUGCACCAGCUGCCCUCCAACGCUGACUUGCACAGGGAGAACACGCCUGGAGCAGAGUUUCAGCCUCCUUCAUCAGCCAAGCUCAGUGCAGACAAGCAGAAGAAAACCCUGAGAGAUAUCGUGCCACCUUUGUGCUCAUCAAGACUGAAGCCUAUAAGGCAGAAGACAAAAAAUGCUGUUGUUAGCAUCCUGGACACUGGGGAAGUGUGCAUGGAGUUGUUGAAAUGCCAAAAUGGGCAAGAAAGGGUCAAAGACGUCUUACGGAUUUCCUGUGAUGGUUCAAUGGUGACGAUAUACCAGCCUAAUGGAGGAAAGGGUUUCCCCGUGCUAGACUGCCCCCCAGCUCCCCCGGAAGAUAUUCUCAUCUGCAGCUACGAAGACCUUCCGGAGAAAUAUUGGAAGAAGUACCAGUACGCUUCCAAGUUUGUGCAACUCGUGAAAUCCAAGACUCCUAAAGUGACCCUUUACACCAAAUACGCAAAGGUCAUGCUCAUGGAGAAUUCUCCCAGUGCAGAUGUGGAAGUCUGUUUUUAUGAUGGCGCCAAGACCCACAAGACAUCAGAACUGCUGCGAGUGGUGGAGAAGAGUGGGAAGUCGUACACGGUGAAGGGGGAAGUGUGGCUGAGCGGCCUGAGCCCGGAGAGCAGAGUGUACGUGGAGCUGUCCGAUGAGGGGCAUAGCAUGUGUCUCUCACUGGAGGCUGCCAUCAUAAGAGAGGAGCAGCUCAGCACCAAGAAAGUCCCCUUUUUCCCCAUAACUAUUGGAAGGAGACCUGCCAGCUUAGACUCCCCAUGCUUACCCUCCGUGCCUUCGCAACAGGUCCCUCCCGAUGCAGCUUCACCUCCUAAACCUCCACAAAUCACUCCUUCAAUGAUUUCCUAUGAUGGGUCUGAUUUCACCACAGCCAGCCUGAAUAAGAAAGGCUCUCCAGUGCGACAGGGCCUGGUUCAGAGUUCAGGGAAGGUGGUUAAAUCCAUAUUUGUGCCCAAUGUUGGAUGGGCAUCCCAGUUGACGAGUGGCGAGGUGUGGGUGCAGUUCAACGAUGGGUCUCAGCUGGUUGUUCAGGCCGGCGUUUCCUGCAUCACCUACACGUCCCCAGAGGGGAGGAUCACCAGAUACAAGGAGAAUGAGGAGUUGCCAGAACACGUCAAGGAGAAGUUGCACUGUCUUUCAACCAUCCUCGGACUGUUGGCAAACCCCAGCACGCAUCACCUGAAAACCCAUUAACACUCAGAGCAAAGACCUUAAAACACCAUUACAAUCUUUUAUAACUUUUCCUGUAUCUGGUGUUCUUGUAAAUAUAUCUGCUACCUGUUUGUUGUUUUUACAUGUACAGAAGACUAAAAUUAUGAAAAGAUAUAUUUUUUAUUUUGUUACUGUUGUAUAGCGUUUAAAAUAACCCUGUAAGAAAUGUUUUGUCCUUUUUAGUGUCUCCACACCUAUGAACUAUGUGACCGAUGCAAUAAACAUCUGCAGGCUGGGUGGAGAAAUGCUGCACUCAGGUUUGCAGUCUUCUGUUUACUCUC